UUUGCAUUGCAUUCGCGAUCAUUGUGUGUGGCCAUCGGGUCCUACACUCAGCUCAAAGAGCGCGGCAUUGAUCUCAUGGCAUAUCAGAGACAACCCGAUGGACCAAAUGAUAGCAUAGCUGUGAAGAGGAGGACAUCUGUCACACCAUCGAUGAUCUCAUCACUUAGUGAGGGAUUGGAUGUGACGGACAUUAAAGACCCGAUAGAAGUGGACGAACAGGAAGUGAUGGCCGAACUCAAAAUGAUUGGAUCCGUUGAGACCACUGUUUAUAUGGAUUAUAUUAAGGCCGGCGCCGGACCUCUACUCAUAACACUCACAAUUUUUUUUAUAAUCGCUGCACAAGUCCUCAAUCAGGGAAGUGAUUAUUGGUUGAGCCUAUGGACUAAUAAAAUGAUCAAAAACCCCGAAGAAGUGGAUCAGACAUUGAAUUUCAUUAUCUACACGAGUAUAAUGUGUGGUCUGUUUGUGUCGGCCCUGUUGUCCACCAUUUGUUUCUACAUAAUGUGUAUGAGAUCUUCGGUUAAUCUCUAUAACAGAAUAUUCUGUGCGUUAUUGCGAUCACCGAUACAUCUGUUUGAGAGUUCACCCAUUGGACGAAUACUAAAUAGAGUUUCAAAAGACACGGGAAUUGUGGACGAAGUGUUACCAUCGGUUGCCUUUCAAUUUAUAAUUGUAAAAGAAAAUUUGGAUAUUGAUAUUCCCGGCGAUACUGUUAAUAAUAUUGAGCCGCGCGUGAUAUUCAACGCAUGGAAGGGUUGUGUGGUUUUGCUGUUGUGGAGUACUUUUUUCCUAUUUGUUUGCACCGCUCGAGCGCUGGGAGUCUUAGUGGACACCAUUUGUAUGGUUUAUGUGAGCGCUGUUAUCGCGUAUAUCAUGACCAGUAGUGACCCUAUUCUCGGAGGAAAUGCGGGACUUUUGUUAACGUCAGCCCUAUCGCUGACCGGAAUGGUUCAAAUAUGUGUUAACGUAUCGGCCGAUACCGAGUCCUAUAUGACUGCUGUCGAGCGAGUGCUCGAAUACACAUCCAUUACACCCGAGGCAGAGCUCGAUUCAACUCCCGACCGGAAACCACCCAAAGAUUGGCCACAAAUGGGAGAAAUAGUGUUCAAAGAUAUGAGUCUUCAAUACAACGAAUCGCCGCAUAAAGUGCUCAAAGAUAUCAACGUUUGCCUCAAAGGGGGAGAAAAGGUGGGAGUCGUGGGCCGGACGGGCGCCGGCAAGUCGUCACUCAUUGCAGCCCUCUUUCGACUCACAGAACCUUUAGGACAGAUACUGAUAGACGGGGUGGACAUCAAAACUAUGGGUUUGCAUGACUUGAGAAGUCGUAUAUCAAUCAUACCUCAGGAAUCGAUGCUCUUCACGGGUUCGGUGCGAAAGAAUUUAGAUCCUUUUGAUGAACACCCGGACGACGAGCUCUGGUCGGCUCUGGAAGAGGUACAGCUCCGGGAUGUCGUGCAGUCAAUGCCCGGACAGUUGAACGGAGUGGUGACAGAAGGGGGCAGUAAUAUGAGUGUAGGUCAGCGCCAAUUGGUAUGUCUGGCGAGAGCUAUACUUCGAGACAAUCGGAUACUAGUGUUAGACGAGGCGACCGCUAAUGUCGACCACAGAACCGAUGCUCUCAUUCAGACCACUAUNUUAGACGAGGCGACCGCUAAUGUCGACCACAGAACCGAUGCUCUCAUUCAGACCACUAUUAGACAGAGGUUUAGAUACUGUACUGUCAUUACGAUUGCCCACAGACUCAACACUAUCAUCGACUCCGACAAAGUGAUGGUAAGCCAGGGUUUGAUAGGGGGUUGGGUUCGCAUCACUUGUGUUGUACUCAUUGUUUAUGUAUUGACUGAUCAGGUGUUAGACGCGGGACAAGUGGUUGAGUACGACAUUCCCCACCAUUUGUUGGACACAAGCGAUGGUCUGUUCAGCAAAUUAGUCAAACAGACGGGAAAUGAAAUGUCCAUUAAAUUGAGACAAAUAGCAAAACAAUACUAUUGUUACAAAAAUGGUUUGGCUGAUUUAAUGCAUAUAUCUGAAGGCUCGGCCGGUUUUGAGCCGAUUUCUAUGACAAUGGAGUCGGGAUUAAUCAUAUCUCUACAAACAAUUUUAAACAUCAUGUAUUGGAAAAUUAAAUUAAACCCAUCAAUAUAUCACAUGAUAUACCAACUCAAUCCUCGACAAUGCCUAACUCCAACAAACCUCAAGAACCAUCACUGGAACUACUGGCCCGACAAACACUCCUUUAGCUAUGAAUUCAAUGACACCACAACACCACCUCUCAGCAUAGAGUGUAGUAUCAAAUGCCGUCAAACGCGAAUUGAAGCCAUCAGUAGUCCGCCAAUCAUUUACAUCGUCAGAUUCAAUCCACAGCCCACAACACUACUGGAACUAUUGGGCUAUAUCUAUAACACCAAGGUGAAUAUAUUUGUAGCGCCAUCGGUGUCCGCCCGGUAUCUCAAAUACACGUCUCUUCUCAAAGACAUUGUCUUCAAUCUGAGCCAAUGUGUCGACUACUUCGAGAUGGCAUCGAUCGGCGCCCGCGUAUACCCGGCCAGAGGGCAGACACUAUUCAAAGCGUACAACUGUUUCGGUGCCUACGAGUGGUCGGCCAUAAUCUUCUCAGUGAUGAGCCUAUCGGUGAUAUCAUCCAUUGGCGGUCAACGGCUGUUCAAUUGGCGCAUAUAUUACGAGACUCUGUGGAACCUCUUCGCCAUUGUCUUCGAGAAACAGCUGCAACGGUUCGCCCGCACAGACAUCCGGAGCCCAGUGUUGGUCGUAUGGCUGGUGUCGGCCCUCUGGUUGACAAUGUUCUUCGCGGCCGAACUCCUCGAUUAUAUGGUCACUAAUGAGCCGAUGAUUGUCAUCGAUUCGUUGGAUCAGUUGGCGAUUGAGCCCCGCUUUGCGGCGGCGAAGAUUGUGGUGAGAGAUGACAGCUCUUUGGCCACUUUCGCCGCCAAUAACGCCACCGAACUGGCCGUCCGUAUCCGCCAUCGGAUCCAAGAGUACGUCAAUUACUACGACCCGGGCUUUCGCGAGGAUCUGAUCCGUGGCCUCAAGAAUGGGUCCUAUGUUUACGUCAACUCAAAAUUGGCCCUAAUUUUUGAUUUAAUAGAGUUGUCACAAAUGGAGACCAAUUUGUCGGCCAAUUAUACCGACGGAUCAGAUGAACGACUCGUCGAUAUCAUGAGAAUAUCGGCCGAAGACGGAGGUCUUGAGCCGUACUUUAUAUUUAUAAAUAACGUGUCGGACGUAUGGGUCGGUAAAGGAUUAUUGCGUUCAGAGAGUCUGUUUACAAACGAAACCAUUGAUAACCGGAAUGUUUUAGUUGAGCCCAAACGGACGCCACCCUAUCUAAUGCUACCAGAUACCGAUGAACAGGACUUUUACAAAAUGUGUGGACCGCUGCGUACAAAACAUGGCACUAAACGUACGAUCGAAGAGAUUAUGGAUAAAUAUAGCGAAGACAAUGUGGAUAUAGUGCUGUUCCCGGCGAUGAUUGGUCAGUACGUUCACUAUAUGGACAGUCGACCGGUUCGGCACACCGUAGCCGUUGACUACAUCGAGUCGGUUAGCAUAGCGUCCAAAACAACAGCCGGCGCUCUACCGCUGUUCCCAUAUUUCCAGUGCUAUGACCCGAGCUUUGUGUUGCGGACAAACCGGUGGCGAUUAAUACCCGGACUGUGGCUACUGUCGGCUUUUGUGCUGUCCAUCGGAUUCACGUCAUACCUGUUGGACUAUAUGGGCCGACCGGUGCCGGUGCUCACCAUCGAUACGCUGGACCAGUUGGCACAGAGGCCGGGUAUGCGAGUGUAUGUCCGCAACGAUAGCUCAUUGGUGUCGUUCGCCCGCACGGCGGACACCGAUUUGGCCAAAAGUGUUGGCCAGAGGUUAAGGAUCUCUGAUUAUAAUAACCGCCGGUUUCGCCAAUCGUUGGCCACCGGUUUGAGAAACGGUUCGUUGGCUUUCGUUCACAAACGCUUUACCUUAAUUUCAAAUAUUAUGCAUAUGAGUAAAACUGAUGGUAAAUUUAGGCCAACGCAGACACCGCUCGUUGAAUUGAUACACAUUUCAGUUCCCAAUCAGUUUCUUGAGCCAUAUUUUCUGCUUGGUGAAUCGGGACUGACCGGACAUUGGACCAAGAAUGUAUUGGAAAUUUAUAUAAACGAUCAUGAUCAUUGGCUGGUUGAAGCGAGUCGACCGCCAUCUACGGGCAAAAUGGCACCCGUUAUAUAUGAGGACUUGUGUGAGGCCAGGUAUGCGACCGCUUCGACCACAUCCUUCACUUCUCCAAUACGUCUCAACGGGUAG